AUGCAAGGAACGCCAACAAUUCGCCCGUAUCAGCCGUUUAAUCCGAAUGGAGACGCAGAAACGCUACGCAAAGCAAUGAAAGGCCUAGGAUGCGACAAAACGAAAGUGGUCAAUGUGCUUUGUGCUCGAGCUAAUUUUCAGCGCCAGCAAAUAGCUGCAGCUUAUAAAACAAUGUAUGGUAAAGAUCUGAUCAAUGAUCUGAAAAGUGAGCUCUCCGGCGAUUUCGAGGAUUUAAUUUUGGCACUGAUGGAACCACCUGCAAGUUAUGACGCACAGCAGCUCCGAAAAGCUAUGGCGGUAAGUGUGUGCGUUUGUUUGUCAUAUCUGUAA